AUGCCAGAUCUGAAUCAAUCCGUCAAAAAGUUUACCGGGCGCGAAAAUGUUGUAGAAGCGACUGACUGGUUAGAUACCGUCGAAGGCCUUGCUAAUCUGAACAAUUGGCCUUGGAAUUUUCGUCUUCAAUUCAUAAGAGCGAAUAUGACUGGUGCCGCGCGGUCUUGGAUGGGAGGUGAGGAAUUUACAGAUUGGACUGAUUUUAACCAAAAAUUCCGCCGAAUAUUUGUACGUCAAACGUCAGUUUCCGACCGUUGGGACUUGAUGAAGACACGCGUCCAAAACAGAGAUGAACCGAUUUUGGAAUUCUAUUUAGAUAAGGUAAGAUUAUGCAAAGACUUAUCGCUACCUUUUACGGAAAUAAGAGACCACGUACUGCAGUCACUUUACUCCAGAGAUCUAGCUUUAUAUGCUCUAGGCAGAACACAUAUAGACUCAAUAGAACUACUAGCAGAUCUACAAGACUGGCAACGGUUGACUGACCUCCGAAACGCUCGAUUUGCAGUUGGUAAUUCACAGUCAGCUGGCCGUUUUAAAACAAAAAUAGACCGUGUCCAGACCAAUGAAGAGAAGAAGGCAAGUGAUCCAAAGGUGGACAGCGCCACAACUAUAUUACAACCCAAGACAAGCUCAGAACAACCAGGGCGACCGUCUGGUAAUCCUGUGCGUACAGGGAUCAAGUGCUACAAUUGUAACGGGUUAAGACACAUGAGCCUGGACUGUUUGAAACCAAGGCGCCCAAUGAAGUGUAGCAAUUGUCAUGCAGAUGACCACACACGAGGAAAGUGUCCCCAAUCCGAGGCACCACCAGUACAAGGAUACCUGGUAUCUAAACAAAGGGAAGUAUUACCACAUAACACUUAUGUUAAGCUGGCAUACAUUAAUGAUAAACAAUUUCAGACAAUGAUUGACACAGGAUGUUCGGUGACUCUGAUCCGUUCCAGCGCUGCUGUCAUGAGUGGAGCCAAAUUGGAAUCAAACGUGAAACCACUGUUUGUCGUGGGUGAUAUGGAGAUACCUAGCAUGGAAACCCUUGGAAGCAUGGUAGCUGAUAUCACAAUAGGACAAGUCACCACUACUGAUAAUCAAAUUUGUAUUGUACCAGACAAGGCUAUACCAACCGACUUGCUAAUUGGGAGGAACUGGUUAGACUUACCGGCCGUAAACUACUAUAAGUUCAAUAAUGAAUUGAUUAUAGCCCCUAUGACAAUGGACUUGGGACAGAUUAGUGAGCUACCUCGUUGUGAGUAUGAUACCUGUGCUGAUGAUGUUAAUGCCUGCUUAGUCUCGGAUUGGCGUGCAGACCAGAUCUUGAAAGAAGACCGCCAAGAGUGUACCCAGUCAGUCUACAGAAGUGCAAGUCCUUACGAACCUAUAACAAUAUCUGAAGUGAAGGUUGGUGAAGAGCUCAACGAAUAUGAACGACAACAGAUUAUCCAGACAAUCAACGAAUACCGUGAUGUCUUUGCAAAGAACUUGGGCGAACUAGGAUGUACCGAUGUGUUGCAAAUGGACAUACCAGAAUGUCCAGGUAGUGUGCCUGUUCAGUCUAAACCGUACCGUACGACCAUAGCAGAAAGAAAGAUCAUUGCUGAUACCUUGCAAAAGUGGCGCGAUAAUAAAAUUAUUAGCAAUUUGAGUUCUUCUUAUGCAAGCCUAGUGUUACUAGUAAAUAAGUUGAACGGUGGAAAAAGGCUGUGUAUUGAUUAUAGGAAACUGAAUAGACAGACAAUUUGUCGCCCAUACCCAAUGCCGGAUAUUGACCGCCAACUCAGUGUGCUAUCUGAAGGUAAUAUAUUCACCGCCUUAGAUCUUUCUAAUGGAUUUCUGCAAAUCCCACUUUCGGAAGAGGCUAAGGAUAAGACCGCCUUUGUGACCGAAGAUGAAACGGCAAGAUUUGAACGUAUGCCUUUUGGAUUAUGUGGAGCUCCAGGGGAAUUCCAAAAACUUAUGAACUUGGUCUUCAGAGAACUAAUGAACAAAAAUAUAGUGGGCCUUUAUCUUGACGAUAUAAUACUACCAGCAUUAGAUUGCAAGGAUUUGUUAAUUAAACUAUGCAUGGUGUUCGAAGUUCUACGAAAGGCAAAACUCACAUUAAAACCCUCUAAGUGUAUCUUUGGGGCGCAAGAAUUAGAUUAUUUGGGAUUCAGGAUUUCUAAGGGCAAGGUCCAACCCGGGCGAAAGGUGUCUGCCAUCACAGAAUACCCAACACCUAAAAACGUACAYGAAGUUAGACAAUUUUUAGGGUUGGCUGGUUUCUUUAGACGAUUCAUUCAAAACUAUGCUGUGUUGACAAGACCAAUUACCUCAUUGACUCGAAAGGAAGUUAAGUUCGAAUGGAAUAUAGAACAACAACAAGCAUUUGAGUUACUUAAACAGAAGUUGAGUGAAGGUCCAGUCCUACGUAUGUACUCGCCGACUGCUAAGAUUACCGUGAUCCAUACUGAUGCCAGCGCACAAGGUUUGGCAGGAAUGAUGUUACAGGGGAGUCAACAUCGAACUUGCAUAUGGUACUGUCAAGCCUUGGUAUAUCUUAACAUUCACAAGAAUACUAAACCGCAAGUAGCUAGGUGGUUUGAUACACUACAUGAGUUUGACUUCGAAAUCAAGUAUAGACCUGGAAGUCAAAUGGCACAUGUUGAUGCUCUGUCCAGAACCACGGAAGGGGCUGGAGCGACUAGUGAACCAAUGGACACGAUUUUUGAAGGCAGAUACGAGGUAUGUCUCACAGUCAAUCAGAUUGAUAGAAUCGRGUUCAUGCAACAGGGUGAUGCAACUGUUACUAAACUGGGAAAAUUACUAAAUGAGUCAACACCAUAA